AUGUUCCGCCGCCUCCUCCCCCACCGCAGCCACUUCUCCACCUCGUCCGCAUCCAACUCCACCCCGACCCUCUACUCUGACGGAACCAUCCCAUUCUCCCUCCUCUCGUGGGGCCGUGGCGCUUCCGGACAGCUCGGCGGAGGCAAGGAGGAGCGCCGCCUCUACCCAUCCCCCGUCGCCCACCUCCUUCUCCCCGAAUCAGACCCACGCCUCGCGCCUACCCCCGGACGCCUUCCCUCUUCAGGGGAGACGUUUGGAGUGGAGGUUGGGAUCUCCUGUGGGCUCUUCCACUCCGCGCUCCUCGUCGAGGGAGGCGCCUGGGUGUGGGGCAAGGGCGACGGAGGCCGCCUCGGCCUCGGUGACGAGUCUUCCGCCUUCGUGCCCCGCCCUAACCCCAACCUCCGCGAUCUCCGCCUCCUCGCUCUCGGCGGCAUCCAUUCCGCCGCGCUGACCACCUCCGGUGACGUCUUCACCUGGGGUUAUGGUGGGUUUGGAGCUCUGGGGCACUAUGUGUACCAUAGGGAGCUUUUGCCAAGGCAAGUGAAUGGCCCUUGGGAAGGGAAGAUAACACACAUUUCUACUAGUGGAGCUCAUACUGCAGCAAUCACCGAUUCUGGUGAACUUUACACUUGGGGUCGUGAUGAAGGUGAUGGUAGACUGGGGCUUGGGAGUGGAGGUGGUCCAGGUGAAGCUGGCUCCCUCAGUGUUCCUUCCAAGGUGAAUGCAUUGCCUGUUCCAGUUGCUGCUGUAGCUUGUGGUGGCUUCUUCACAAUGGCUCUUACUUCAGAUGGACAGUUAUGGAGUUGGGGAGCAAAUUCAAACUUCGAACUGGGCAGAGGAAGCAAUUUCAGUGAUUGGAGGCCACAGCUUGUCCCUAGUCUGAAAAGUAUCCGUGUAAUCCAAGUAGCUUGUGGUGGAUAUCAUUCUUUAGCUUUGACUGAUGAAGGUGAAGUUCUCUCUUGGGGGCAUGGUGGGCAUGGACAACUUGGGCAUCCCACCCUUCAAAAUCAUAGAAUCCCACUUGCCAUCAAAGCUUUAUCUGAUGAGCGAAUUGUCCAUAUAGCCUGUGGAGGAUCGACCUCUGCUGCUAUAUCAGAGAAAGGUGACUUGUACAUGUGGGGAAAUGCAAGAGACUGCCAGCUAGGCGUCCCUGGUCUGCCUGAAGUUCAGCCACUCCCAGUCAAGGUGAAUUUCCUCAGAGAUGAUGAUGAAGUUUGUUGUCAAAGCAGAUUAGCAGAACCACCAUUCCAGGCAGCUGCUUUUGUAAUCAAAGGGGAAAAUAUUGAGGCUACAGUUGUUUGUGCAGUAACUAUCUGCCUGAUGGCGUGGACAUGCAGCCUGCUUGAAGUAGCUAGAUUCAGAAGGAUAAAGGGUGUCACGGCUGCUUCAGGUCCUCUUCGUGUGAAUCCAUCUUGUUCACACAUCGUCGUCCUUCAGCUCCCAAUUCACAAGAAGCGCCGCAGGGAGUUUGUUGGCAAGGAUAAGCUUGUGCUUAGAGGCUUGCAGUUCCAUGGCUUCCAUGGUGUCAAACAAGAAGAAAAGACACUGGGCCAGAAGUUUGUUGUGGACGUGGAUGCCUGGAUGGAUCUGUGCACUGCUGGCGAAACCGACAGCAUGUCUGAUACGGUUAGCUACACGGAUAUUUACAGGAUGUGGUUCAAGGCCCGUCUAGGAAUCUUUUGGAGUCAGUGGCUCACCGGAAUUGCAAGUGCCACGUUGUUUGAAUUCCCUCAAAUAUCUGCUGUCCGGGUUGAAGUGAAGAAGCCCCAUGUUGCUGUACAAGGAAUUAUUGACUAUUUAGGUGUUGAAAUAGUUAGGCAUAGAAAGGACAUGGCUGGGAGUUCACCAGGAGAUCAUCCGUUUACUCAGCAACAGCUUCCAGCUUGCAAGCCUAUACUCGCGCCUCAGACAGUUAUUCCUGUACUUCUGUUUGUGGGCAUAAUUUUUAUCCUGAUUGGCCUCGGUUGCAUUGCAGCCUCAAACAGGGUUGUUGAAGUGGUCUAUCAAUAUGAAACUUCAUGCAUACCAGGAUACUUGCUUGACAACAAAAUUGCCUAUAUCCAAAAUCCAUCUAUAGAUAAGACCUGCACAAGGAUUCUCAAGGUUCCUAAGGAUAUGAAGCACCCAAUCUACAUAUAUUAUCAACUUGAUAAGUUCUACCAGAACCACAGAAGGUAUGUGAAGAGCCGUAACAACAAGCAGCUGAUAAAUCCUAAGGAGGCCAACAACACGCAGUAUUGCAAGCCUGAAGCUACUGAGCAUGGGAGCCCCGUCGUCCCCUGCGGACUCGUAGCUUGGAGCCUGUUCAACGACACCUACAGCUUCGCCCGUGGCAACAAGGCACUGAGGGUUCACAAGCGAGGCAUCUCAUGGAGGAGCGAAAGGGAGCACAUUUUUGGGAAGCAGGUGUUUCCAAGGAACUUUCAGAAAGGAGCUCUCAUUGGCGGUGGUACGCUUGAUCCAGGGAUACCUCUGAGUGAGCAGGAGGAUCUGAUCGUGUGGAUGCGAACCGCGGCGCUGCCAACGUUCCGGAAGCUGUACGGUAGGAUCCAGGUGGACCUCCGUGCCGGCGAGCUGAUAACGGUGACGAUGCAGAACAACUACAACACGUACAGCUUCGGCGGGAAGAAGGCGCUGGUUCUGUCCACGGCCGGCGUGCUGGGAGGCAAGAACAGCUUCCUCGGCCGCGGGUACGUCAUCGUCGGCCUGGCCUGCCUCCUGCUGGCGCUGCUCCUCACGAUGCUCUGCCUCGUCUUCCCACUGUGA